CAAUAUUCCCUCCGCCCAUUUACACCCGAUUUACAUAUCCACAAUCUCUCCUCCUCUUUCAAGCGCGACGAACAACAAACCGACCACACACGCUCGAUCGACCCCGUGACCGGGCGUGAAAUUCAUCACCUCGAUUCAAUUCAGUUCGGUAAAUAAAAUCACGUUUUAGUUUGUUCCUAUUUCUCUCAGUGGAAAAUUGUUAUUACCAUUUACUUUCCAGUUGUUUGCUGUUAUUCGAUUUGCUUGAUCUGUUCCCUUUCUCCGUUCACACUUUUGCUUUUGAUUACUAUAGGAGGAUUAAAAGAAAAAAAAAGUAUGUCAGGCAUGGAGGAAGUCAAAGAUCAUGUAGUGGGAAAUGCAACUGAGGAUUCCGAAAAAGCCAUGCCAUCACCGAAACAGGAGGAAGAAGUUGUCAAGAAAAAGUAUGGAGGUAUUGUGCCUAAGAAGCCACCUCUAAUCUCAAAGGAUCAUGAGCGUGCUUACUUUGACUCUGCUGAUUGGGCUUUGGGAAAGCAAGGUGCAGAUAAGCCUAAAGGACCACUUCAGGCACUGAGGCCAAAAUUACAGCCAACACAACAACAGACUCGAUAUCGCAAGUCUCCUUGUGCUCCAGCAGAUGGUGAAGAGGGAACCACUGAGGAAGCAGCUGCAAAUGAAUGAGAACCUUAUUUAAUACAUUCGAUGUUACUCAGCUGUUGAUUGUCACCAAUAUGGCUAUAGUUCAGUAAAUUUCUGUUGUUUCAGAAAUAAUCAUCUUGAGUCUCUUCUGAUGUACCGUGCGUCCGCUAUAUCCAUUGUGAAGUUUGAACAUCACCCAAUGUUGUUCCUGAUGUAGGAUAUUUUUUCCCCUACCAUCUGUAUGAGCAAUGAAUCCAUCAUGACGGUUUUUACCCCUUUAUUUCAUCUACUUGAUAGCAUUUGAAAGGUGGCUUGUUUUCUAUGUCUCAUCAACAGAGAGUUGUUGUUGUUGUGGUUGCUGUUGUUUUUUUUUUUUUUUUUGGGAAAAUGUGGGCUCCUAAACCACUUUAUGUUUGGAGUAUCUAUGAUAUUGCUUCAAAAGAUUAUCAACUGGACAAUUCAUGUUGCGUCGGUCUUCGAUCAUCUGAGGUUGCUUACUUUUAUGGUUGGACAAAAAUUACCUUUUCUUUCUUUUUGUU